AUGCAUCAGCAGCCCCGGGUGCCCCCGCGGGUAUCCUCCCCUGCGGCGUCGCCCCAAGUCAAUCAGCACCGAAAUAAUGCUUCACGAGACAGUGCGAUGGGCGCCAGUCGCUCACGGGCCGGAUCUACGGUUUCUGGGAGAGACAUCGUGGCAUCGCCAACUCUAGAAAUCCCCCAAUCACCACUCCAGAUGCUGCCAGCAGAGUCGGUUAAGAAGUUGGAUCAGAUCAUUCAGAACUUCUUUAUCAAGGUUGCAACCCUUGUGAUCGAUUCGAGAAUAAAGGUCAAACCUAGCCGAGGUGCCAACAGUCAGCGGAAGACGAGCAAAUGGUUCCAAAUCGAGACCGAUGAGUUCGAAGACUUCAAAGAGGAGCUCAAGACCUGGAAACCUACGGGAAACCUCGAGACCCUCCCGCCCCCGUUGACGGUCGAGAUCUAUUUAGACACAUCUUCGUUGAAAGAUAGCCAGAGUCUGACGAUUGUGGACGAAGAUGGAAAGAGGUGGGAUGUUAUGGAACAGCUGAAUGGAAGUCGCUCAUCGGGCACACCUGGAAAGAUUACCGAGGUGAUACUGGAGAGAUGGCGCGUUGAGCUCGAGCCGAAUGGCAGCUUUCCUACUGACGACUUUGGGCCCAUCCUUCCCACUGUUUACAAAAAGGCCAUCGUCUUCUUUAGAUCCCUCUUUACAGCAACAAGACUUUUCCCAGCCUGGAAGUUUGCGAGCCAUGGCUUGGCUCGGAACUCCAUCCCUGCACUAAUUCCUCGCUGUCGCAUUCGAGCUUCUGAGGGUCCAGUCCCAGGCCCGGACCUCCUCAGAUACCCAGUUAUGGGAAGAUCAGAGCCGGUGACGGACUACGUAUUCGGUGAUCUCGAGACCCCUGUCGGUCGUUUAAAAACUUCCGUCACAUAUCGCAAUGACUGCAGUUUCCGUGUUGAUGAUUCGGAGGCGUUGUUAAGUUCUCGCUUCAUGGGAAUUGAUGAAGACUUUUUCAAGCCUUCCUUGACUCAACGGAAUCGGGGUAGUGGGCAACAACAGACGGCGCAAAUCGGGUCACUCCAAAGCGACCGGCCUGAACCCUUGUCAAAUAUCGGCCAAACCUAUGGCAGUUUAUCUACGUUCCACGGAGACGGGCCCUUAGGUACAAGUCCCAUCUCAGCGCUGAAGGCAGUCAAAUCGCCAGGAUCAGCAUCAAGCUCACCACCUGCUUCGUUUUCUCCUCAACCCGGUAUCGAGCCCCCCAAUUCUCUGCCUAUUACAAGCCAUGCCUCGGCAGCCCGCCCAAGUCGAAAAGGAGACAAUGAGCACGGAAGGCGGCCAUCUAUUUCGUUCCAACCCUUCAAGGCCGGAUCUUUGUCUGGAUCUCCAAUCCCAAGGCAGGGAGACGCGGAGGGUUUUGCUUCAUCCCACACUUCGUCUCGCUUAAGCGGCGUUCCUUCUUUGUCACAACCUCGCAACCGUACGUCGCUUACCGCUGGAAUGCCUGCCUCCCUACGAGGCGGCCCGCCGCCACAAUCCACGGAACCGCUGGGCUCUUCUUCACCACGUACCGGUUCUGUCAGUCGCUACAGUAGCAGUUUCACUCAUCGACGUGGCCGCUUGUCCAUCAGCGGCGCAAAUAGGCCUGUAGAUGAUGAGCAAGGAAGCAGUGGGCGGCAGAGCCUUGCUUCAUCAAUUGCCCAGCCAGGCUCAGGUCUUUUGGCCGAGCCCGGCACUAGUUCCGGCUCCUUGCAAGCCGAGGAAGACAACAUAUCCGAUUUUCUAAAGGCCAUAGAUAGCAAGCGGACCUUGAAGAGUUUCGACACGACCAAGCGAGGGGAAUCAGCUACGAAUCGAACCGUUGCACAACUUUCAAGGUUUCACUUAAUGAAGGAUUCCAACGCUGCGCUUACGGAUUCGAUGAAUUCAUCUAUACAAAUGCAACGUUCGUCAAGCUCGUCCAGCAGGCAGCUAGCAAGCGUGCCUGGUGUGUCCAUGUCAGCUUCAUCAUCUCCUAGCAAACCGCACUCACCCCAUACCCCUCACACGCCCGCUAUCCCGUCAAGGUUGAGCGAGAAUUCUGUUGCAGACGACUCUUCUCACGGCAGAUUGCCAUCUCGCAACCGCCGGCCCACGGAAUCGGUUGUUCCCGAGUCAAGUAGGGAGAGCACGAUCAGGCAAGAGGGAACAACUGCGAUCGAUAUUCCCUUGUCGCCUAGGCUUGGUGCUUACCAGCGUCGAUCCAGUUCCGUAGCGCAACAGACCCGAGCUGUAAUUGAAGACGACGCCGAUUUACCCUUUGCUGCAGCCAAUCGAAGCAUCAGCCUGGGUGCAGAUGACAGAGAGCCACCGACGAUCAGCAGACUUCUCGGCCGCCAGCUAGGGGCAGAGGCCACCGAGCAGCAGAUUGGCACUGAUGUCCUUGGAGCUGCGGCAGAGAUCCAACCUGCUUCGGCAGGGGCAGGAAUCCCUCGAGACUCAGUUGACGAUAACCCGUCAGACGGAUUCAUGGCCGGCAUUCCAUCGAGCUCACCUUACGGAAGACGUCGAUACACAGGCAUGAUGAACACACAACACAGACAAACCCCACCGCAGUCGUCACGAGGUAGUUUCAACGGCUCUUCAAGCAGGCUGGCCCGCGAGGAUAACGAUUCCAUCAGUGAUGAACCAUUGGUGUUCGACCUGUCCGAAAUGGAUGCUCAGAGCAGACGGAGUCUUGAAGAAGGUCGAGGUGGCGGCCAGGUUGGUUCCGACAGAGGUGGCGCAGAGAGCCGAGGUGCUUCUAGAAGGGGAUGGUAA